AUGCCAUAUUCUUAUAAAUUUAUUGAAAUGGAGGAAUAAAUAAAGUAAUUCUCAUAUGCCAUUAAGAGUUAAGGUUAAAAAAUAGAAUAGAGAAUUAAGAUUGCACAUUUCAUAUUUCUAAUUUUAGAAUGAAAUAAAGGUGGAUGCUUCGAAAGUAUGGAAAGAAUAGUCUAUUUAUUUGCAUUCGAAUUCCAAUAGGAAUGUCAAUUAAAAACUCAGUUUUUAAAAUAAAUGAGACAGAUUAUGGAAAUGAAGGGAAUGGCAAAUAAAUCUGCAAUAAAAAGGAGGCUAAUCAAUAUUGA